GAAAGAACGCCGUCCAAAGCUUCAUUCCACCGGAGAUGGAGAUAUUUGAUGGAGUAUAUGAGUCUAGACCCCAGGAUCCACAUACUCAGAAGAACAAGAGACACAACUGUCACUCAGUGGGUCCUUCGUCGUCCAGAUGGCCCUCCAUCGGCCAGAAAGACAUCAACUCAGAACAUGGUCCAGAAGUCAGGAGAACUGGGUGUCCCGGUCGGCCAGGUCUCCGUCGACCGUGGCUCCGUCGGCCAGACCCUCAUCGGUCACAGAGAGCUCCCAGAACCGGAUUUCAUACUUAAUCAUUUCUACAUACUUUGUACUCGGCCCAGUAGUGGCCCAAUUGUAAAUGGGUCUCCCAAACCCAAGACUUGGGAGCCCAGCCCGCAUUUCUUCUAUCAAUACUCCCCUUGGGAGUAGUUGUAGGAGGUUCACAAAUCAUUUAUUGCAAGUAUUUAUUGCACUUCUCUCUCUAGCUCUCAAUUCUCUCUAGACACUUACUGUAUCAA